AUGUUGGCUGUCCGCGAACGGUAUCUGGAAAGCCCAGUUGUUCCUGUAAGCAUGACAAAUGACAAGUCAGAAGUGAAGUCCCUCAUGGAGAAAUUUAACAAGGGUAACAGCUGCACAGAGGAUAAUCCUUUUGGCAGUCGAAACUUCAGAGUCCCAGGAAAACUCGAAUUACAGACGAGGAAAGCAAUAUUUGAGAAAUGUGCAAAUCAAGAAAAUGCACCUCCUUCUUCUUCAGGACCCAGUACCUCUCAGGAAACUGUUUAUCCUAAGCCUUCCCUGGGAGUCAAGUCUUCAACUGAUCAUAAAACAGAGGAGAAUCCAGAGGCCUCAUAUUUGAAAACAGUGGCACAAAAGUUCGGGGUUCAGCUUCAGGCAACUAACAGAGAAAAUGAUGAAAAAUCUGGGUGCAGUAAACCUCCCACCAAAACCAAUGACUUGGCAAAAGAAGAUACACAGCCUCUGUAUCCAAAGUCUGCAGGGAACAAAUUGCUUAACUGUGCUUCUAAUGAGAAAGAAAAAAGUCUCCUGGGAGCAAGGUCAAAGACAAAUUUUCCACCACAGGAGAGUGAGGCAAAACCAAUGUUUUCAAAAGUAACUGCAGUUAAGGAGAAGUUAAUGUCUGCAACACAAGCAAACGAGCCCAAGCCUUCUUUCUCUAAACCACCUCUUGCCCAGAAAUGCUCUCUAACCCAUGAGGUCUCUCACAGUGAAGACGCUUCUACAAAAAAUGUUUUUCUUCAGAAAAGACUGUCAGGCCCUAGACCAAAUAUACACUCCUUUAAAGCAGGAAAGGAAACGGAUAAAAAUACUGAGAGUGCUGCAGAAGCUGCAGGCAGUCAUUUUUCUAGCAUGGCUCUGAAACCUACUGGCCGCUGGCCCAGCUCAUCUCAAGGCACCUCCAAAAAUACAGAGGAAAAGAGUGAAGAAAAAGAAAUGAAUGCUGCCAAGAACAUCUUUCUCAACAAAACCAUCCAGGAAGAGCCAGAUUCCUCAGUUCCUAAGUUCCACAAGGUGAACACAGGGCGUGUUGCAGGAUUGCCAUCAGGCGUAUCAGCAGAGAAACAGCGUAAGGACGGGAGUUCAGGAAUCCCCAGGAGAAAAACCCUUCCCUCACUGUUCAAGCUGAGCCAGGCCCCACAGAAGCCCAACAGACCCCCCUGCGUGGAAUUAGGAAAGUUCCAGAAAAGCGGCCCAAAAAAGAACCGUAAAAUUGAAGAAUUGAAACAGGGAGCACCUUCCUCAGCAGCAGUCUUUCCAUCUGUACCUCUACCACACUCUGCUGGGCAGUUGCCACCUCCACCACCAGCUUCUCGCCCAUGCCUGCCAUCCUCAGCAGCUCCCACCCUGCCUGCCAGAAACAUCAAGCCUAGCCCUGAAACAAUAAGCCCAGACAAUGAAGAAAAUUAUGACGAUGUUGAAUUUGUUUCACGGGGUAAGAUGCAUACAUUUUAUUUAAUAGGCCAAGAAAGUGAUGGAGAGAUGUAUGAAGACAUAAGUGACAUCAGAUCACCAAGAGGAAAAGAGAAGUGGGCCAAGGAAGAAAAAAGAAGAAUGGACCAAGACAAAAAAGUACAAAAAGAAAAAGAAAAAAAAGAGAAUGAAAUAAGGAAGAAGUUCAAAUUAACAGGACCCAUCCAAGUCCUUCAUCGGGCACGAGCUUGCAUUGACUACAGGGGAGGGAAGAAUGAGUUGACGGUCAGACAGGGGGAUGAAAUUGAAAUCAUUAGACUCACAGACAACCCAGAAGGGAAGUGGCUGGGCAGGAUAAAAGGAUCUUAUGGAUACAUUAAAAUAACCAUAGUGGAGAUUGAUUAUGAUUCUUUAAGAAGAAAGCAACAACCAUCUACCAGAGCUGCUGUGAACCAUCCAGAGAAUAGCCAAGAAGUGUAUGAUGAUGUUGGAGAGCAAGACAUUAUUUGCAGUCAGAGUGGUGGACAAAGUGGAGCUGGACAGAUGUUCCCACCUCCUCCUUCUGAUCAAGAAAUAUGUAAUGCAAUAGAUUAUGAAGAUGCUGCAGCUAGGUCUGUAUCACAGGAUGAAGAUAAGAAUGAUAUCUGGUCCUGGGGAAUCUUGAAGAGGCUAAAGGUCAAAGAUGUCAAAAAGAAAAGUGUACGAGAAAAAACAACCCAAGUCAAUGGGGCAGAAGAUAAUGGAGAUAUGUUCUCAUCUCUUCCAACAAAGCAUUUUGAAAAAGAUUGUGGCGAAGAUGUUUAUGAUGAUGUAGAUUCUUCAGACUACCCUCCUCCACCACCUGAACCUCAGCAAGCGAAAAUGGGAAUUACUCCCCUCAUCAGAAAUCUAGAAGAAAAGGAGUUCAGAAAAAAGUUCAAAUUUGACGGUGAAAUUAAAGUUCUUUACUCUACCACCACAAUCCAGGAUUUGCCCCAGAGAAGAUGGGGAUCUAAAGACUUACAAGUUAAAGCAGGAGAGUCUCUUGAAAUUAUAGAGAGUACAGAUGAUACCAAGGUCCUAUGCAGGAAUGAAGAAGGAAAAUAUGGCUAUGUUCUGAGAAGCAAUUUAGUUGAGAAUGAGGGAGUGAUUUACGAUGAUGUUUGUGAUGAUUGCAUCUAUGAUAAUGAGUGA